AUGUACGCUGUGUCUGGAGUAUGUACGCUGUGUCUGGAGUAUGUACGCUGUGUCUGGCUGUGUCUGGAGUAUGUACGCUGUGUCUGGCUGUGUCUGGAGUAUGUACGCUGUGUCUGGCUGUGUCUGGAGUAUGUACGCUGUGUCUGGCUGUGUCUGGAGUAUGUACGCUGUGUCUGGCUGUGUCUGGAGUAUGUACGCUGUGUCUGGAAAGGCAAAAUCACCCUUGAGAAGAGAUUUGAAAACCGUCUCCGCUGGAACAAUGUUACAAGAUACUUCAGUCUGUCAGACCUUCAGAUUGACGAUGCUGGAGUUUAUACUGUUGAGAAUACAGACGAAAGGAAAAAAACUAAAACAUUUGAGCUCACUGUAUACAAUGUUGUUUCCAAACCUCAGGUGACAGAGUGUGACAGCAGCUCCUGUAGUGUGGUGUGUUCUGUGGACAAUGAAAAAGAGGUGACCUUGACCUUGUACAGAGGAGAGGAAAUACUAAACCAGACCAGCAGUCCUGAUCUCACCACUGAUCUCUCUCUCCGUUUGGAGGUAGAGGGAAAGAACUACUACUCCACCUACAGCUGUGUGGCUGCUAACCCUGUCAGCAAGGAGACAGUUCAUGUCCCAAAAUGUUGCAGCGAAGAUGGUCAUCCCAAGGAGACAGACAGUGAUGGGAUGACUCUGGGUAUGCUUAUUAUUGCUGUAAUCUGCGUUUUGGUUGCCUCAGGGCUGGUUGGACUUGCAAUCUAUCUAAAGAAGAGGGGAAAUGAACACUCACAAGGCAGGAGGAGCGAACAGAUAUACCAGAAUUGGAGUCGUGUACCCUGACAUCAGUUUAUGAUACACUCCUGUUACAUCGCAUGGCUGCCAGCGGGGAUGUUGACACAGCACGAAAGGGAAAAACGGGAAGUCAAUAGGAGGCCGAAAUGAUAACUGACAUCCUGUAGAGAUUGGUAUAUCAUAAAGAGGACAUUGAAACAAAAUGAAAGUAAAAAUAUAUUCACCCAGAAAACCUUUUAGUGCACAGUUGUUAUGGGAUAAAAAAAUCCCCUGGAACUGCUGCGCUGAUAUUAGAAUUUCAGGCUUCCUUUGUAGGUCAUUCUCACAGACCUUCUGUCAAAUAGAGACCUCGAUGACAUCCACUGAUACUGACCAAUUCAAUAGCUAUGCAUUGAGUUAGUAGCAGGAUCAGGAUAAUCCUUCUUGUCAAGUGCCUUUUGUCCCAAAUCCCAAUGUAUAAGUUAAAACAAAUGGAACAUAUAUUUUAAUACAAUUCACUAGUGUGUUUGCAAUGCUACUGCUGUGCCAAAGCCUAUUUGCAGUAUUGUCUGUUCUGUUGUUUAAAUGUAGGUGCCUCCCCUGUAUCUCUUUAUAGCUGGACAUUGUUUAGCUUGCCAGUGGAUUGCAGCUGUGUACAUAAUAUAAAAAAGAGCAGACAUUUGAGAUAAAGCCACCUACAGUGGGGAGAACAAGUAUUUGACACACUGCCGAUUUUGCAGGUUUUCCUACUUACAAAGCAUGUAGAGGUCUGUAAUUUUU